AUGGAGAACCUCGAAACGCUUGCAGCGUCGCUGGCGCAGAAAUCACCGACAACGGGCACAGUCCAAACCGAGUCGAUCCCAGGUUAUAAUAUUUCGAACUCAUUGGUUCACAGUUCAUCAACAGCUACUCUGGAGGACUGCCAAAACCUUCCACUGUCAGAUCAUACCACAUCAGCACUGAACACCUGGGACCCUACAACACAUCUGAUAACCUCAGAUAAUACCCUGUCGCCAAGAAGCAUCUGGGAUUCUACCAUUUGGGGUUACACAUCACAACUAUCACGUUCAGAUAUCUCCUCAUCAAUACUAGCCAUUUCAGACUCCCUAAAACAAAUCUCACCUUCGGAAACUUCUUCCUCAGCACAGAGUGUAUGGGUUCCUCCAACGCACGUUGAUCCUUCCAUUUUCAUUCAUGAUAACCAACAAGAUAACCUUGAUCAAUAUGGGACGACCACGGCCGUCAAAUGCAAUUGCCCUAACCCACAUAUCCAGGUGGAAACACACGGUCCCGGCCCGUACAGCUGUACUGAGGUCAGGAUACUCAUGAUUGGAACGGUCGCACCUGCACUAGAUCUGUAUGCCAACCAUCUUCGUCUGGAAACAAUCUGCACUUUAGCUGCAAUGGAUACACUUAGAAUGCAUGUUGGCCUUACGGAGGAAAUGGUGUGUGCCGCGGAAUCUCCUUCACCAUUCUAUCGGUCGAUCAGAGCAUCGGCGGAUGGCACGGCUAAGGAAAAUAUAAUCUGUACAGUGCAGAGGAUUUUCAAGACACUCAAGCCGGACUUGAGGCCGAGCAGUGAUCAAAUUACUAUCGAUCACCCUCCAUUUAUUGAUGUUCUGCCCUUCCGGACGUUACGGAAGAAUCUCAUCUUUCACCAGAAAGAGGUGAAUGAGGACGAAUUCCUCCGCGAUGCCAUCACUGGUUUAGUUUGUUGGGGAGGUGCAGGAGUUGGGAGGAAGGAUCGAGAUGCCUCUACUGGAUAUGCUUCCAGUGGUACUCCAUGGGACAGCCGCAGCUGGGAGGCAAAAGUGUGGUUUCUGAGGAAAUACUGGUCUUUGUUAGGUGGCGAUGAGGGAGAACUUGUACGACAAAGCGAGUGGUGGCGCAGUAUUAGAGGCGAGGACCUGAUAGACAUAGAGGCGCUGGCAUCAAAUAACUAA